GUCAACGAAGGCCUCUCAGACCUGUGCCCUCCUCCGGGAGGAAAAGGAUACGCACAUCAUCCAGAGCUCGCCAUACUGCUGGAUCGCGUCGCCCAGGUACCUCCUCCG